CGAACAUUAACAUAUAACACCCUAGUUCGAAGCCCCUCAAUGCGGUGUGCUCCAUUCCUCUGCGACAUCUUCCACCGUCUUCCAAGUCAUUCACCCUGAACACCCCCGUGUCCUUUGUCUCUCUGAGUUGAGUCGUGAUUCUAGGUCCUGCUUCAGCAACACUCACCGACGAGCUCUCUGAAAGCGUCAUGGGACUCUCACGCGGCGACUUCGAAAAGACUUUCGACAUCCUAGUCGAGGACCUGAUCAAGCAUUGCGAAGAGUACAAGCUUCCCAAGCAAGCUCUGGAUUGGUUUAGAACGAAUCUCCUACACAACACGAAAGGCGGCAAGUACAACCGCGGUCUUUCCGUCUACGAUACUACUGCCCUCCUGAAAGGAGACGCCUUCAAUGCCGACGACUCCUUCAAGUCCCAGACUCUGGGAUGGAUGAUCGAGCUCCUGCAAGCCUUUUUCCUUGUCGCCGACGACAUCAUGGACUCGUCCAAGACUCGCCGUGGAAGUCCCUGCUGGUACCUGAUGCCAAAGGUGGGUAUGAUUGCCAUCAAUGACGCUUUCAUGCUCGAAGGUGCCAUCUACGUUCUGCUAAAGAAGUACUUCCGCUCGGAGCCCUGUUACGUGGACCUGAUGGAGCUUUUCCACGAGGUCACCUUCCAGACAGAACUUGGGCAGACGUGCGAUCUUCUCACAGCGCCAGAGGACCACGUCGACCUCGACAACUUCAGCUUGGAGAAGUACACCUUCAUCGUCAUCUACAAGACUGCGUACUACAGUUUCUACCUGCCUGUCGCUCUUGCCAUGCACUACUGCGGUGUCGCCUCGCCAGAAAACCUGAAGCAGGCUCAUGAUAUUUUGAUUCCUAUGGGCGAAUACUUCCAGGUCCAGGACGACUACCUGGACAACUUCGCAGACCCGGAGACGCUGGGCAAGAUCGGCACGGACAUUCAGGACAACAAGUGCAGCUGGCUGGUCAACCAGGCCCUGAAGAUUGUGACACCGGAGCAGCGUCAAAUAUUGGAAGAGAACUACGGACGGAAGGAUGCAGCGAAGGAGGCCAAGGUCAAGGCGUUGUAUGAUGAGCUGAACCUGAAGCAGAUCUAUGAGAAGUACGAGGAGGAGAAAGUGGCAGAAAUCAGGAAACAGAUCAGCCAGGUGGACGAGAGCAAGGGCAUGAAGAAGGAGGUUUAUGAGUCGUUCUUGAGGAAGAUUUACAAGAGACAGAAGUAAAGACGCUGACAAGACGAUUUUUUCCGAUAGUUUGGGCCUCUGGGAGGAAGUACUGGGAUAUGAUCAUAUAAGGAAAAGAGACGUCUGAAAAUGGGAGAAGCUCAGGAGGAAUGCAUUUAGAAGGAGAAAUAGCUAAUGAGCAAUAGAGACAACCCUUCGCGUGAAAAUGAAA